AUGUUUCUGACAGAGAGAAAUAGAACUUCUGAGGCCACGUUCACCCUCUUGGGCUUCUCAGAUUACCCGGAACUGUGGCUUCCCCUCUUCUUUAUAUUUCUGGCAAUCUAUACCUUCAGUGUGGUCGGGAAUCUUGGGAUGAUUGUGACCAUCAAAAUUAACCCCAAACUGCACACCCCCAUGUACUUUUUCCUCAGCCACCUCUCCUUUGUGGAUUUCUGCUACUCCUCCAUCAUUGCUCCCAAGAUGCUGGUGAACCUGAUUAUGGAAGACAGAACCAUUUCAUUCCCAGGGUGUAUGGUGCAAUUCUUUUUCUUUUGCACCUUUGUAGUGACUGAAUUGAUUCUGUUUGCCGUGAUGGCCUAUGAUCGCUUUGUGGCCAUUUGCAAUCCUCUGCUCUACACCGUGGCCAUGUCCCAGAAACUCUGUGCCUUGCUGGUGUUUGGAUCAUACGUGUGGGGAGUAGGGUGUUCCUUGACGCUCAUGUGCUCUGCUUUAAAGUUAUCUUUUCGGGGUUUUAACACGAUCAACCACUUCUUCUGUGAGUUAUCGUCCCUGAUAUCCCUGUCUUGCUCUGAUUCUUCUCUCACCCAGUUGCUUCUUUUCACUGUUGCCACUUUUAAUGAGAUAAUCACACUGCUCAUCAUUCUCACGUCUUAUGUGUUCAUCCUUGUCACCACCCUGAAGAUGCAUUCAGCCAGCGGGCACCGCAAAGUCUUCUCCACUUGUGCCUCCCACCUGACCGCCGUCACCAUCUUCCACGGCACCAUCCUCUUCCUCUACUGUGUGCCCAACUCCAAAAACUCCAGGCACACAGUCAAAGUGGCCUCCGUGUUUUACACAGUCGUGAUCCCCAUGCUGAAUCCACUGAUCUACAGUCUGAGAAAUAAAGACGUCAAAGAUACAGUCAGAAAAAUAGUGAACACAAAAUUGUUUUCGUAUUGA